CAGACUUGGGCUGCAGCCGCCCUGGGUGUCAGCGGCCAGGCUCCCGCGCACGCUCCCGCCGUCGCGCAGCCUCGGCACCUGCAGGUCCGUGCGUCCCGCAGCUGGCGCCCCUGACUCCGUCCCGGCCAGGGAGGGCCAUGAUUUCCCUCCCGGGGCCCCUGGUGACCAACUUGCUGCGGUUUUUGUUUCUGGGGCUGAGUGCCCUCGCGCCCCCCUCGCGGGCCCAGCUGCAACUGCACUUGCCCGCCAACCGGUUGCAGGCGGUGGAGGGAGGGGAAGUGGUGCUUCCAGCGUGGUACACCUUGCACGGGGAGGUGUCUUCAGCCCAGCCAUGGGAGGUGCCCUUUGUGAUGUGGUUCUUCAAACACAAAGAAAAGGAGGAUCAGGUGUUGUCCUACAUCAAUGGGGUCACAACAAGCAAACCUGGAGUAUCCUUGGUGUACUCUAUGCCCUCCCGGAACCUGUCCCUGCGGCUGGAGGGUCUCCAGGAGAAAGACUCUGGCCCCUACAGCUGCUCCGUGAAUGUGCAAGACAAACAAGGCAAAUCUAGGGGCUACAGCAUCAAAACCUUAGAACUCAAUGUACUGGUUCCUCCAGCUCCUCCAUCCUGCCGUCUCCAGGGUAUGCCCCGUGUGGGGGCAAACGUGACCCUGAGCUGCCAGUCUCCAAGGAGUAAGCCCGCUGUCCAAUACCAGUGGGAUCGGCAGCUUCCAUCCUUCCAGACUUUCUUUGCACCAGCAUUAGAUGUCAUCCGUGGGUCUUUAAGCCUCACCAACCUUUCCUCUUCCAUGGCUGGAGUCUAUGUCUGCAAGGCCCACAAUGAGGUGGGCACUGCCCAGUGUAAUGUGACCCUGGAAGUGAGCACAGGGCCUGGAGCUGCGGUGGUUGCUGGAGCUGUUGUGGGUACCCUGGUUGGACUGGGGUUGCUGGCUGGGCUGGUCCUCUUGUACCACCGCCGGGGCAAGGCCCUGGAGGAGCCAGCCAAUGAUAUCAAGGAGGAUGCCAUUGCUCCCCGGACCCUGCCCUGGCCCAAGAGCUCAGACACAAUCUCCAAGAAUGGGACCCUUUCCUCUGUCACCUCUGCACGAGCCCUCCGGCCACCCCAUGGCCCCCCCAGGCCUGGUGCAUUGACCCCCACGCCCAGUCUCUCCAGCCAGGCCCUGCCCUCACCAAGACUGCCCACGACAGAUGGGGCCCACCCUCAACCAAUAUCCCCCAUCCCUGGUGGGGUUUCUUCCUCUGGCUUGAGCCGCAUGGGUGCUGUGCCUGUGAUGGUGCCUGCCCAGAGUCAAGCUGGCUCUCUGGUGUGAUGACCCCGCCACUCAUUGGCUAAAUGAUUUGGGGUCUCUCCUUCCUAUAGGGGUCACCUCUAGCACAGAGGCCUGAGUCAUGGGAAAGAGUCACACUCCUGACCCUUAGUACUCUGCCCCCACCUCUCUAUACUGUGGGAAAACCAUCUCAGUAAGACCUAAGUGUCCAGCAGAUAGAAGGAGAAGAGGAAGUGGAUCUGGAAUUGGGAGGAGCCUCCACCCACCCCCGACUCCUCCUUAUGAAGCCAGCUGCUGAAAUUAGCCACUCACCAAGAGUGAGUGGCAGAGACUUCCAGUCACUGAGUCUCCCGGGCCCCCUUGAUCUGUACCACCCCCCUAUCUAACACCACCCUUGGCUCCCACUCCAGCUGCCUGUAUUGAUAUAACCUGUCGGGCUGGCUUGGUUAGGUUUUACUGGGGCAGAGGAUAGGGAAUAUCUUUUUAAAACUAACAUGAAAUAUGUGUUGUUUUCAUUUGCAAAUUUAAAUAAAGAUACAUAAUGUUUGUAUGAGAUAAGAAACAAGUUGCCUUUUCAAACUAAGAAUUCUAGAAAUUGAGCUUCAGGAGGAUGCAAAGUGGACCCCUUCCCAAGCUGUGUACCCAGGAGGGCUUCUCCUCACAGGCUCAGAGCAGCUCUUCUAGUGUUUAGAAGGGUCCUUGUUCGUCACGUGGAGAAGGGGAGGAGACUCUAAGCUACUCUGAACAGCAGAGGGAUGGAGUUGGUACGCUUUCUGCUGGAGCUUGAGUGCUCCCGGCUAGGGGGUACGUGUACCUCAUCUGCUUCCUCUUCAGGGACAGGGGAGAGGAAGCUCACGUGGGCUCCUCUCCCACACCACGGAAUCCUUAAUUAAACACUUCUUGCCCAUCUGGAAGAGAUCUCUGUUGUUACUGAGGGAGAGCUGGGCAUAGUAUGAGGUGCAGGUCUGUGUCCAAAU